UCAAGUGCUUUUUUAUUUCUUCGACUCGAAAAAAGGCGAACGGAGGCAUGCGCAUAUUUAUGUCAAAUAUAGUGUAAGGGAAUAAUAUUUUGGCUUUCGGGGGCCGAAAAUUACAUAAAAAAUGCAUAAGCUGAAAUUCUCACAAAAGGACAAGGUUAAGAAAUUUAUAACUUUCACUCAGACUGGCGAACAGACCGCUAUUUAUUGUCUGGCACAGAACGAUUGGAAAUUGGAUCUAGCCAGUGAUAAUUAUUUUCAAAACCCUGAUGCCUAUUACAAGGAGUCAAAGAGCAUUUUCAGUGUAGAUAAAAAAAGACUAGAGGCACUAUUUGCCAGAUACCAAGAUGCGAGUGAGCCGGAUAAAAUUACUGCAGAUGGGAUUAUGAAGUUUCUGGAUGACCUUGGACUCAGUCCUGAAAGUAAACUGGUAUUGAUCAUUGCCUGGAAAUUCAGAGCUGAAACACAAUGUGAAUUCACGAAAGAUGAGUUUAUAAAUGGAAUGACAGAGUUGGGAGUUGACAGCACCGAUAAACUUAAGGCAAGACUGAACAGCCUAGAAAAUGAGCUUCGAGAUUCCCAAAAAUUCAAAGAUUUCUAUCACUUCACAUUCAAUUAUGCCAAGAAUCCGGGGCAAAAAGGCCUUGAUCUUGACAUGGCCAUUGCGUAUUGGAACAUCGUUCUAGUGGAGAAAUUCAAGUUUCUGCAGCUUUGGUGUCAAUUUCUUCAGGAACAUCACAAAAGAUCGAUCCCUAAAGACACUUGGAAUCUUCUUCUGGACUUUGCACUGAUGAUAAAUCCAGAUAUGACUAAUUAUGAUGAGGAAGGUGCCUGGCCGGUGCUAAUUGAUGAUUUUGUGGAAUGGGCACAGCCUAGGCAACCGGCGUCUACGUAAUAGAGGAAAGCUAAUUCGUACUGAUCUGCGUAGACGUUAAAGCAGUUGUGGAGGACGUCUUGAAUGUACC